AUGAGUGGGGAUAUUUUUGAUACUGCAGGGACGGAAGUUCUCCGACCAGCAUAUUUGGCACAUGUUGUGUUGAGGACGCCAGACGUUGAUAGCUUCACUGCCAUGACGGAUUUCUACGUCAAGUUCCUCAACGCCAAAAUUACAUAUCAGACCCGAGUUCUUAGCUUCCUCACUUACGACGAGGAGCACCAUCGCAUUGCGAUUGGCAUCUUUCCAGAGACAACAAAACGUGUGGGAAAACCAGCAGGUCUUGCCCACAUAGCAUUCACAUACAAAACACUCCAGGAUCUUGCGCUCUCGUACCGUCAGAGGAAAGAUCUAGGCAUCGACCCCUUUUGGUGUGUCAACCAUGGACCGACGACCAGUCUCUACUUCCACGACCCAGAUGGCAAUGAGAUUGAAACCCAGGUGGACAACUUCGACAGUCCACAAGAAGCCACUCUUUUUUUCGCCAGCAAAGAGUUCGAGGAUAAUCCAAUUGGGGUCGACUUCGAUCCUGAGAACUUAAUCCAGCGUCUAAGGAGUGGCGAAUCGGAGGAAUCUAUCAAGAAGCGACCAAACAUUGGGGUCAGACAAGGUAUUCCAGGCUGGUGA